AUGGUUCCAAAACAAUUCCAGAGCCGGGUGCUACAGGAGUUACACGAAGGGCAUUUAGGGAUUGUAAAGAUGAAAGCGAUAGCAAGAUCGUUCCUGUUUUGGAAGAACAUAGACAAGGAUAUAGAAGAAGCAGUAAAGAAUUGUGUCCACUGCGCGCAAAUUAAAACAGAUCCCCAAAAAGCCAAAGUCCACCAUUGGGAGUACCCAAGCAAACCUUGGGAGAGGCUACAUGUUGAUUUUGCUGGGCCAUUGUUCGGAUAUAUGUAUCUGAUCAUCGUGGAUGCACAUUCUAAAUGGCUGGAAGUGUAUCCAAUGAAGAAUACAUCAGCAUUGAAGACGAUCGAAUGUCUUAGGGACUGCUUCGCGAGGUUUGGACUUCCACUGAUGAUAGUUAGUGACAACGGGCCACAGUUCAAGUCCGAUGAAUUUAAGAUCUUCCUGAGCCGGAACGGGAUUAAGCAUAGACCUUCAGCUCCAUUCAAGCCUUCCAGCAAUGGUCAAGCUGAAAGGUAUGUGUUUACCGUCAAGCAAUCUCUUCGCGCCAUGAAGGAGUACCCCGGCACCAUCCAGCAAAAGCUCAGCACCUUCCUGAUGCAGUAUAGGAAGUAG